AUGAAUGUGCUCAAGCUUCAAAGGAAAUAUCCUCAAUUCCCACAGAACGAGAUAUUCAGUUUACAAGAUGCCUUUCGCAAACUCGAUGUCGAGGAUAAGGGUUACCUGGACGAGGCGACUGUGAUCAAAGCCACGCAGCAAUCUGAAAGACAAUCUUAUGAUGUUGUACGACAAGCGCUGAAGGAAGUGGAGCUGGAUAGCUCAAGGCGCGUGGAAUUAGAGGACUAUGUAGACCUUAUUUCCAAGGUACGAGAUUCUGCACAGCAGCGCGUGUCUGCCGGUCCGGCCAAGCAUGCUGCUCUGGGAGGGCAAAAUGCGAGCGCACCCGCACCUGGCCAUGCUUCGAAAGGUAGCUUAGGAGGAGGUGCUGGAGGGCGGAUACAUGUCCAAGGCUCCUCGGCAAAUGUCACACAUACUAUUAACGAGGACGAACGCACAGAGUUCACCAGACACAUCAAUGCUGUCUUGGCCGGUGAUCCCGAUAUUGGAGAUCUCCUUCCCUUCCCAACUGAUACUUUCGAGAUGUUUGAUCGUUGCAAAGAUGGACUCGUUCUGGCCAAGCUCAUCAAUGAUAGUGUACCAGACACAAUUGACGAACGCGUGCUGAACCGAGUUGGCAAGAAGAUCAAGUCACUAAAUGCUUUCCAUAUGACCGAGAACAACAAUAUUGUUAUUAACUCGGCCAAAGGAAUCGGGUGCUCCGUUGUCAACAUUGGCAGCGAGGACAUCAUGGCGGUAAGAGAGCAUCUGAUCCUAGGUCUAAUCUGGCAGAUUAUCCGCAGAGGCCUUCUUGGCAAGAUUGAUAUCAAGCUACAUCCUGAGCUCUACAGAUUGCUGGAGGAAGAUGAGACUCUUGAGCAAUUUCUACGCCUACCACCUGAGCAAAUCCUACUUCGAUGGUUCAAUUAUCAUCUCAAGAAUGCGAAGUGGGACAGGAGAGUCAACAAUUUCUCGAACGAUGUCAAGGAUGGCGAGAACUAUACCGUUCUCCUGAAUCAGUUAUCCCCUGAAAACUGCUCUCGCAGCCCCUUACAGACCCAAGAUCUAUUGCAGCGUGCUGAACAGGUGCUUACGAAUGCCGAGAAACUCGACUGCCGCAAAUUCCUUACUCCAACGUCCCUUGUCGCAGGAAACCCUAAACUGAAUCUUGCUUUUGUUGCUAACCUUUUCAAUACACAUCCUGGUCUCGAGCCUCUGACCGAGGAAGACAAGCUCGACAUUGAGGACUUCGACGCAGAAGGAGAGCGAGAAGCGCGUGUAUUUACCCUGUGGCUUAACUCUCUUGAUGUUCAGCCAACGAUCAACUCUCUCUUUGACGACCUUCGAGACGGUUCCAUUCUUCUGCAAGCUUACGACAAAGUCAUUCCUGGAAGCGUAAAUUGGCGGCACGUUAACAAGCCACCGCCCAACGGUGGCGAAAUGUCACGCUUCAAAGCUGUCGAGAAUACAAACUAUGCAAUUGAGCUUGGAAAGCAGAACCGCUUCUCACUGGUUGGCAUUCAAGGUGCUGACAUUACUGACGGCCAAAGAACGCUAACGCUGGGGCUUGUUUGGCAACUGAUGAGAAAAGACAUCACAAAUACCCUAUCAGCCUUGGCACAACGUCUUGGUAAGCGUGAAAUGACGGAUCCUGAGAUGAUCAAGUGGGCAAACGAUAUGAGCCGAAAGGGUGGCAAGAAUUCAAGUAUUCGAUCGUUCAAGGACCCGGCGAUCGGAACAGGUGUCUUCCUGCUUGACGUGCUGAACGGUAUGAAGAGCUCAUACGUCGACUACGAUCUCGUGACGCCCGGCAAGAGUGACGAAGACGCAUAUGCGAAUGCCAAGUUGAGUAUCUCUAUUGCACGAAAAUUGGGAGCGACCAUCUGGCUGGUGCCAGAAGACAUCUGCCAGGUGCGGUCGAGAUUGGUGACGACUUUUAUUGGCUCUCUCAUGGCCACGGCUGAGAAGAUGUGA